GUUUCGCCGUUUCGGUAUCUCGGAAACUUGAAACGGUUUCAGUCUUCACCAUCACAAUCCAAUUCGUAGAGGAGGAUGACGCACGAGCAAAGAUGAUUUCUUUCUCCACCUUGAAGUCCCCGAGCCUCCGUCCAACGCCACCACCCUCUUCCCUAAAUCAACCUCACCCUAAUCUCAAAUCUCUCCCUCUACCCACCACCACCACCCCCCAAGCCCUUUCCGCAUCAGACCCCGAGCCUCAGCCUCGGAAGCUCAAGGGCAGCUCUCAGCUCAACCGUUGGUCCAGGGCUCGAACAGUCCGCUCUGGCCGUAAAUUGGACCGCUUGGGUCUUCGGACCCAGGUUGCAGAGCUCAAGCUCCCAUCUCAACAACCCAAAGAAAGCGAAGUGAACGAAUAUAGCUCUGUAACAUCAGGCAACAGAGAUGAUGAAGCCGUGGAGUUGGAGGUCACUGGUGGGAAGUCCAUUUACAUGGUUUCUGACGGCACUGGAUGGACGGUGGAGCACUCCGUUAACGCUGCCUUGGGGCAGUUCGAGCACUGCUUGGUCGAUCGUGGUUGUCCUGUAAAUACUCAUCUGUUUUCAGGGAUAGAUGAUAUAGAAAGCUUAAUGGAGAUAAUAAAACAAGCAGCUAAAGAAGGUGCAAUGGUAGUCUACACUCUAGCUGAUCCUUCCAUGGCUGAAUCAGCUAGACAAGCCUGCAAGUUAUGGGGAAUACCAUCUAAUGACAUACUGGGUCCAAUAACAGAGGCAGUUGCUUCUCAUCUGGGCGUCUCGCCCUCUGGUCUACCCCGUGGAGCUCCUGGCAGGAACUUUCCCCUUUCUGAUGAAUACUUUCGACGUAUUGAAGCCAUUGAAUUCACCAUCAAGCAAGAUGACGGUGCCCUGCCCCAGAACUUGUACAAGGCUGACAUUGUUCUUGCUGGUGUUUCUCGUACUGGAAAGACACCGUUGUCAAUUUACCUAGCUCAGAAAGGAUACAAAGUGGCAAAUGUGCCUAUUGUGAUGGGUGUAGAAUUGCCAAAGAGCCUCUUUGAGGUUGACUCAGAGAAGGUUUUUGGUCUUACCAUUAAUCCUGUGGUUUUACAGGCGAUCAGAAAAGCAAGAGCUAGAAGUCUUGGGUUCAGCCAAGAAGUGAGGAGUAAUUAUUCUGAGAUGGACUAUGUGAGAGAGGAGUUGGAAUGUGCUUGCAGGGUUUUUGCACAAAAUCCUGUCUGGCCAGUAAUCGAAGUGACAGGGAAAGCAAUAGAAGAAACUGCAGCAGUUAUAUUAAGGCUUUAUCAUGAUCGAAAGCACAAAUGUUCAAUGCCGCGAAUCUCCAAACUUUACUAGUAUGGGAAGUCAGGUGUUCAGGGAUGACUUGCUGAAACAGUGUAAGAGGAAGCUGUUAUUGGACCUACCUCAAAUUGUUAAUAAUCAAGGAAUACAGUGCAGGAAGAGGGUACAGCUCUUCUGCUUAAUGUUUAUAAUGUAAAUAUCAUAUUCCUACAAUAAUUCUCCUCCUUAUUAGCCAUAUUAUAAAUCAAUGUAAACAGCCAUACAGUGCCUCUGCUGAAGACAGGUCUUUCUUUUGGAUUCAACUGGAUACAUGAAUUACUUAAUGACAUGUUAAUCUGUAAUGAACUUCGAUACAUUGGAGUUGCGUGUAAUGAGAUGAUUCAGAAAAUUAUCCAAGAAAAACAGCUUUGAUCAAGGCAAAUAUUAAUUGCAUCCAUGAAAGGUGCAUCAUCACUAUAGCCUUGCCUGUUGAUUGCCGGAAGAGCCUGUGUACUUGCUUAGUCUUUGCUUCAGAUAUCGAAGUUUCAUUUUUUAUUUUAUGAAAUUUUUCUGCCUUGUCCCUAAUCAAUUAUUCAGCGUGUGUUUGCUUUCUAUGCUGAAACUUGGAAGAUCUUCCUGCA